AUGUUGCCAGGUAUUUUCCAAUGUGCAUUGAACAGCUCCAAUGCCAUUGCCAAAGCUGCCAAUGAGCUGGAAGUGGCAGCCACUUUGGCACAGUUCUUCCAAGGUGGGAUGACUUUGAACCAGGCAUUGGCAAAAGCCAAAGAUGGUGCCAUUGCAUGCCAGGACAGUUUGGACUCCAUCGCCUACUUUGUCCAGCAUUAUGCGGGCAAAUACUUCAGCUGCCAGCUGAUGAUUGGUGCAGAGCUCAUGUCAGCCAUUGCCACCACCAAUUUCAGA